UUCCGGUGUCAUGGCGUCCUGAGGUCCCGGUAGUUGGUGAGGCGGCUGCAGGCACCUCCCUGCGGCGCCGCUCGUCCGGCGGACGGGGAUGUGACCGCGGGUCUGCCGGCCUGCCCGGGGCGUCACGUCAGCUCCCGUGUCAGCGCACUCAGUUCACAUCAAUGGCGGGGUCCGGCUGCGCGUGGGGCGCGGAGCCGCCGCGGUUUCUGGAGGCCUUUGGGCGGCUUUGGCAGGUACAGAGCCGCCUGGGCAGCGGCUCCUCGGCCUCGGUGUAUCGGGUGCGCUGCUGUGGCACCCCUGGCUCGCCCCCCGGCGCCCUCAAGCAGUUCUUGCCGCCUGGAACCACCGGGGCUGCAGCCUCGGCCGCAGAGUAUGGUUUCCGCAAAGAGAGGGCGGCGCUGGAACAAUUGCAGGGUCACAGGAACAUCGUGACUUUGUAUGGAGUCUUUACAAUUCACUUCUCUCCAAAUGUGCCAUCACGCUGUCUGUUGCUUGAACUCCUGGAUGUCAGUGUUUCGGAAUUGCUUUUAUAUUCCAGUCACCAGGGUUGCUCCAUGUGGAUGAUACAGCAUUGUGCCAGAGAUGUCCUAGAGGCCCUUGCUUUUAUUCAUCAUGAGGGUUAUGUCCAUGCAGACCUUAAACCACGUAACAUAUUGUGGAGUGCAGAGAAUGAAUGUUUCAAACUCAUUGACUUUGGACUUAGCUUCAAAGAAGGCAAUCAGGAUGUAAAAUAUAUUCAGACAGAUGGGUAUCGGGCUCCAGAAGCAGAACUGCAAAAUUGCUUGGCCCAGGCUGGCCUGCAGAGUGAUACAGAAUGUACCUCAGCUGUUGAUCUGUGGAGCCUAGGAAUCAUUUUACUGGAAAUGUUCUCAGGAAUGAAACUGAAACAUACAGUCAGAUCUCAGGAUUGGAAGGCAAACAGUUCUGCUAUCAUUGAUCACAUAUUUGCCAGUAAAGCAGUGGUGAAUGCCGCAAUUCCAGCCUAUCACCUAAGAGACCUUAUCAAAAGUAUGCUUCAUGAUGAUCCAAGCAGAAGAAUUCCUGCUGAAAUGGCAUUAUGCAGCCCAUUCUUUAGCAUUCCUUUUGCUCCUCACAUUGAAGAUCUGGUGAUGCUUCCUACUCCAGUGCUAAGACUUCUGAAUGUAUUGGAUGAUGAUUAUCUUGAAAAUGAAGAGGAAUACGAAGAUGUUGUAGAAGAUGUAAAAGAGGAGUGUCAAAAAUAUGGACCAGUGGUAUCUCUGCUUGUUCCAAAGGAAAAUCCUGGCAGAGGACAAGUCUUUGUCGAGUAUGCGAAUGCUGGUGAUUCCAAAGCUGCUCAGAAAUUACUGACUGGAAGGAUGUUUGAUGGGAAGUUUGUUGUGGCUACAUUCUACCCACUGAGUGCCUACAAGAGGGGAUAUCUGUAUCAAACUUUGCUUUAAUCAGUAACCUAAAGACUAUUUCCUGUUUUCUCCUUUUCCCUUUUCUGGGUUAUGGUAUUCCAUAUCUGAAUGCAGAAGUACCCCGUUACCAUUUUAAGAGGUACUUUGUUCAUUUAUUUAAUCCUCCUGAUUUGCAGCCAUUGCCCAAGCAGAACUGUAUUGCAGACAUUUGGCAUUGAGUAGGACAACACCUCUCAGCUAUACAUUGAGGGGCUUUAGAGCAUCCAUGUGGGCAGCCUUUUUUUGUGCGGUAGGGCAGGUAGUGCUCUUCCAUAUGUAAUCUAAGCAGAUAUUAAUUACUUCAUGUGAUCAUGAGCAAGGAUGAAUAAUAUCAUGUCAGUGAAUAUUUUUAACAAAUUUGUUAGGGUUGGUGACAUCACUUAAAGAUUAUUUGUCUGUGUUGUCAGGUGGUUCAGGCUUAUUGAUACCCAUAGUCGGCACUGGAUGCUCUCAACGAUGUUAAGUAAUUGUCAAGCAGCAAUUACCUACUGUGUUCUUAACACUGAAUUGUGAAUUUUUUAUAAAGAAGUACUGUAGUCCUGAAUAUUCCUUUAACGAAACUGCAGUGAGCCUAUCAACAUUUUUUUUUAAUUAAGGCUUUUAAAACAGAAAGCUGAUGCUUGAUCUUGCACAAUUUUUAUGUCUAGUAUGUAUGCUUGAGUCAGUAUGUACGUGUGAGAGAUUAGAGAAAAUUUGAGUCAGCCUGGUUUAUAGUGUGAGUUUAGUGGGUUAAAAUACCCUACACCCAUUUUUUCCCUACCUAUUUCAUAUCUGUAAGAUUUAGGAUAUGUUUUCUGAGAAUUAGUCUGUCUGAUAGAGUGUAAGUGACAAAAAAGUUCAUUCCUGAGAAUCUCAGAACAAACUGGAGUUUGGAUUGUGUGGGGUUAUAUUGAAAUUCUCUUAAAGAGAACCUAAGAAACAAUGAAAAAGUUUUGCUACACAUAAAUUGCCCCAUCCUUCAAUCUACUUUGACCCAGCGUUAGCCCACUUUUUGGUACUAAAUGUCCUGUGAUCGUUGUAAGAUUUCUUGAAAUACAGUGCUACCUACUAUGCAGGAAAAUUGAAGUGGGUCAGAAAGAAAGAAUUAGGUGUACCGUGAAGGGAAAAGAAGAAAAAUAGGCAGAGAGAGGAUGGAUGAUCCAGGAAUCUUUCAUUCGAAAAGCUAGAGGAGCAGCAUCCCAGGGGUCUGACUUUUGACAUCAAGGAGGUUUAGAAAGAGUUGUUGAUGUAUUAAGGUGGAAUCAGAAAAGAAGGGAAAUUCAAAGAAGUCUUAAAAGGAUUCAUAGCAAUCUAAUGCAUCUGUGAGUAGAGGAAUACAUGUUGAUGAUGCAUGGCUUUAGGAAUUAUAAUUACAGGUUCCUUUCGCUUUGUGGUAGAUUGCUUUUAAAGGUAUUUAAUUAGGCCACCUUUAUAAAGCACUGAUUAUACAUAAAAAACACAAAAGACAGGUUUUAUAAAGAUUAUGAAUUUUUUCUUAUUUCCUUACCUAAAUGAAAUUUUUAUUUUAUUUUUGCAAAGAAAAGGUCUUUUUAUCUUUCCCUGUUGGGAGCCUCCUCAUAUAGUCUUUCCUUGUGUGUGCCAUGCAGGUUACUGGGAGUCCAAUUAGAAUUUACAUUUUAGAGAAUGAAUUAUUUUACCCUACUCAAACAGUCACUCUUUUGCCAUUUCAUUUAUUUACAGUUAUCAAAUAAUUCAGGACUCUACCUUAAUAUUUAUUGAAAAGCCAAGUUUAGUAUAAGGAGGUUUAUUUAUGAACUGCCAAAAGACCUUGUGACAUGGUCCUCAAGGGAAAAUUAUAUAGUAAGCUUCCCAUAUGUGCCCUUAGAAGGAAGAAUUAUUAUUUUGGUUCUUUCUUAGAUUGGUUAGUUGGUUUGUUCCCAGAUAAAAAUUCAUGAGCAUGGAACCACUAUUGUGGAGAUCUGAGCUUUCCUAAAACAUAAAUGUUUGUAUGGGUGGCAGCUUCCACGGUGAUAGAAAUACCAGGUCUUUGCAUAAUAUACUGAUGAAAACAGAAAGUAAACAAAUUCUUUUUAAGGGCAAGUAUUCUAGGUUACUACAUGUACCUCUCUCUUCCUCCCCUCCCCCCUGCCCCCAGAUGCUUACAAUUAAAACUGCAGGUAUGCUUCUAAGCUGAUGAUGCAGUAUGCUGCUAACAUCUUGAUGCUGAACUUCACAGCAUUCUUUGAUCAUCAUCUUAUUGCUGAUGUAUUCAUACAUAUAUGUAGUAUUUAACACUGUAGAAUUUUAUUACAAAAAUGCUAGCUAGAUUUUAGGAGAGUUGAGGGAAUAAUUGAAGAGUUUAGGUAACCAUGCAUUGAAAUGAUUAUUUUAUAUUAAAGCCACAGAGUUGAAGAAACAUGCUUCCUAUGAUUUAAAUUGUCAUUUUAUAGCUUUUAGUCCAUUACUACCAAAGAUGACAUUUACAGAUUCUCCCUCCCUAUUCUGAUAUAAUCAGAAGUUGAAUUGUAGUAUCUUUCUUGAACAUGAACCAAAUGUUAACAAAAAAUGCAAUUUUCAUGAUUCUUUUUGGAUGAAAUAUAUGGACUGAGAUUUUGAUCCCUUGAAGUUACUGAAAACUUAGAAAUUUUCUUUUUCAGAGGCAGGGUAAAGAGGUGAGGAUUCAUGUCAUGUAAUCCCUCCCCUUUUGGGAAAAUUUUAUCUCAGGUAUUUUUCUUUCCCUAAAUAGGAUACCUGUGCUUUCUGCCCUCUUACCUCUCUAAUUUAUUCUUUAUUGUUCCAUGAUAUUGCCAUGGCACAUUUUGCCUGAGGAAAGGUGGAUAAAUUGAUUAUUUUAUAGGAAAUCUAGCUUUUUUGGAACACCAUAUUGGGAGGAGAUGGCUAGUCAGCUGCUUUCAAAACUUUAUACUGUAUUUAGAGGGGAAGAAGAAUUGGAGUUAAAUUGGGACACAUCAGUAAGAGAUAGCAGUAGCAAAAAGUAACUACUGGCUGCAUUUUAAAGGAAUAAGAAAAAAAUUUAUCCUCUUGCAAUGAGAGAUCUGUAGUUUUUAACCACUGGAUGUCUUCCUUGUUUUGUAGCCAUCAAUAUAGCUACUCUGUUUAGAGAAAUUCCCUCUCUGCUAUGCCUUGAGCUAAAUCCAUGGCUGCUUUUAGAACAGAACCCAUAAAUGUGGUUUUACUCAUCCUCCGCUUUGUGUUCUCAUUGAAACAAGGAUCGCCUUCUUUUUGCUAUUCCAGCUGCUAGAGUGCUGAAAUACAUUAAGAAAAAAAAAUCUCUGAAUUCUUACUUGACUUGCCUUCUAGAUUCUUGUUACUUUUACUUGCAUUGUGACUGUUGAGCAAAUAUACUACAAGCAAUAUGCCAGAAAUAGUGCUGCCAUGUAGAGAAAGUUAAAGAGAAACUAUGGGCAUAAGGUUUGUUUCUGUCUCACAACACUGGGGUUUCACCCUGGUAAGGGCAUCAGUUACCUUUCUGGAAUAAAUUAUAGGUGGAGUUUUAGCACUCAUCACAGAGAAUGCUGUUUCAUAGUUCAUUUGAGUUCCAGUCCAUCAAAUGCAGGAAAUCAAAGUUUUGGUAUCAGUUUCUUAGAUCUUUUAAAUUAGGCCUCUCCUACAUAAUUUCUACUCUCAUUUAUACUUGGCAGCAUGACAUUGUACUUUUUAUGAUUAAUUUAAUGAAAAUAAACACCACGGUAAAUGAUAAUAGUCAUAAUAACAUAGUUACUAAGUAUGAGAAGGGCAGAAGCCCUAGUAACCACAUAUUUUACCUGGAAUCUUAUGCAAGGGUACGUGCUAGGUGGCUUUAUUCAGAUUGGGGUACAGAGGGAAUCAUUUCGUGACUUUCAGUCUGGUCAAUGUAUAGAGAGUCAAAGAUUUAAGAAAGUGCCUUGUGUUUGUUGGAAAAUAUUAAAACUCAUUUGGGUGAAAGCUUCCCAGAUGGUGAUAAUUGCACCUCUGCCUUUUCCUUGGAAUACUUUUGGAUUGAACCAAGUAGUAUAAAAGUCCAAAAUUUCCCUGGUUCACUUUUGUGUAAAUGUGUGUGUAUAACUGUUCAUAUUUGACUCUUUUUCCAUUUUAACAUAUGAUGGAAAGCCAGAGUUACCCGACAGAUUCUCAUUCUUUCUUGGUUCUGGUUCCAUUUUUAACAUCAGGUUUCUUUCUCAAAUCUUAUUUAUGCUAUCUCUCUGAUUUAAUUUAUUUAUUUCUUGUCAAGUAUGGUCACAUAAAGACCAGGUCUUGGUCACAGUUAGUUCAAAAGAAUUUCCAUUUCUUCUUAAGGUAUUCAAUAAAUUACCUUUAUUUUGAAAUGGAAGUUUUUCAAGUUAUUAUUUGUUAGCUUUCUCAAUGAAUAUAAAAAUGUUAAAUCCUUAAUAUGGAACUCAUCUGAACCUUUUAUGGUAUAUUUGAAUAAGUUACAUUUUCUUAGUUGUAGAGGAACCAUGGAUAUUUUAGUUUUUGCAGUACCCAGAAUUUUAAAGAUUCGUUUUUGUUUUGUUUCUGGUUAGCAGCUUCUUUACCUGAUACCACAGGAUAAAUCAUGUUUAUUAUCCUAGCCACCUCCCCCCAAAUUGUUUUUCACUAUUUUUUUAAGUUAUGUGAUGACCAUUAGAUUCUCACAAUGGCAUGUAAUUGACAAGAACUAUGGAUAUUUAAAAAGAAGGUAAACAAUUUUACUUUUUUUUACUGUGAUUUUGUAGUAGAAAUGGUCUGUAAAAGAAAUAUCUGUAAACCAGAAAGCAUUUAGGAGAUUGUGUAUUUUAUAGGUGGUGAUGGUGAUCUUCAAGAUAUAAGAUUCAGAAUAGUUUAUACAACACUUUUUCUCCUGAUAUGAAGUUUUUAUUCAUUUUCCUACAGCUGAGCACCUUUGUUAUUUCUUGGACUGUUUUAGGGAUUAAUAUUUUAAAUUUGCUUUAUUUGUGCUUUUCAGAGUUGUCAUAAUCAUGGCAGCUGUGUCUUGCAUUGUGUCAUAAAUGCUGGAAUUCAUGGGAAAUUUACCAAAUGAUUGCCUAAGUGUUAUUUCUCAUUAAAUAGGGUAGCUGUCACAGUAACCUGAAGAAAACUGAUGGCUGUUUUGUGUAUUUUAUGACUAGGGUUCAUAGUAUUUUCAUUUAAAGGCAAAGGAAAGCUUUCUGUCUUAAUUGCUCUGUGACCAUUAAUCUCUGUGCAGAAGACAGCUUAUUUUGUUACGCUAUCUUGCAUAACAAAAUAAGUCACAUUCUGAACAACGAAAAAAACAGACUGGAAUUGUUAUUUUUUUUGUUUGUUUCUUCUUUGGAACACCCUUAUUUAAGAGUCGGCGCUCCUUGCUACCAUAAGCUCGUGGUUGUCAGCAAGAGAAUUAUUUGUAGUCAAAUAAUAUAUUUUUUUUCCCAGGUUGGAAUUGCCUUCCCCUUCUAGGUUAUCUCUCCUUGCUAAUAUUUGUGAUAACAGGAAAAUGAAUGUGUAAAAGCAAAUGUAUUCAACUAUUUUAAUCAAAUGUGGGCUCAGAAUCUUUUCAGUUAUUUGAAUUAUCUAUAGCUGUAUUAUUUUUUUACCAUGUGUUGUCAGAAUCUGCCAAAGUUAAGAGUAAAGAGGGAAAAGAUAAAUAAUAAAAAUAGAUGAGGGAAAGAAAAUGGCUUCUUUCCUUAUUCAUACUAGUAAUCCAUAUAUUUAAUGACCUAAAAAUGAUACUUGUUUUUGAAAAUCCAGGUUUGGUACCUGAAGCAUAGAAACAUUGCCUUUCCUACACAUUCCCUAUUAUUGUUCCCUUCAGAAAAUUAUUGUAAAGGCUUAUGAAACUGUAUUAAAUCCCCAUAUUCAGUUUGGCCCAAUUUUUAAAAAUAAAUAUUUGAACUCCAGCUUUUGUGUCUUUGGUGUACAUCAGCACCCUUGCAGAUCAAGGAUCUGAAAGAAACUGGAGUUUAGCCACCUUUGUAUUCCCUUUGCAUAUUGGUAUAGUAGGUGGCAUCAGUAUGCACUUCAUGCAAUGUUAUAGCACCUUAUGGAAGUAAGUAGUUUAUUUAUUAUAGCAAGAAAAAGUUAAGCUCCAACUCUGUCGAAUAAUUACUUUGCAGAGUGUAAAGCUAUCAUAUAUUUUCCUAAAGGAUUUAUUCCUUCAUUCUUAAUUCUUUUUUUGAAAAUUCUUAAAUAUCUUAACAUUCCUUUGUAUCCUCCAAACAGUGUCAAAACUGGGGUAGAAGGGAUUUUUCCCCAUUAGGGCUCUAUCUUUGCUACCUUUUGAUUGCUCUUAGAAAUCCAGUUAUGAUCAAUAAAUUUUAAGUUUAUGGCCUUCUAUGUCAGCACUGGAGUGGUUGUGAAUAUUAAAACCCUACUAUUUUCUUCAGUGAUAUAUAACUGUUAUGUUUUUGUUAAGAAGGUAUGGUUAGAAAAAAACUGAAAACUCACUUAAACCAAAGCCACUUAUAAGGAGUAUUCUCUCCUGUUGGUUUAUCUUCACCUCAGAACUACAAAAUAUUACAAUACCUAGUGAAUAGUUGUUACAUUUCUACCAGUUGUUUCAAUAGCAUAUUGGUCUUGGCAUUUCUUGGCACUAUGGUUCUUUGUUCUUGGUGACGUCUUAAUGUUUGUGAAUUUUUUUUUUUAAUUACUAAGUGGGACUAUAAAUGUAGAUGUGUGUCAAUACCAAGUAGAUUUUUUUCUCAAAUCCCUUAAUUGCUGGUUUCCAUUCAAGUUUUUUAAACUUGUUUUUUUUUCCCUGCUAAAUAACAAAGAAAUUUUAUUUACCACUUUCCUAUAUAUCUGAAAAGUAUGAACACUCUGCAUUCAGUUGACUGUUGCGUAUAAUUUUUUGCUGGACACUUUCUGUAAACACAAUUGCCUUGUUCAGUUUUGCUGUAAACUGACUUAUAAGAUGCACUGUUGAUAUGCUUUCUGAUGUGUUUGAUAAGGGUGAUAAAAUAAAGCUUUAAAAAUAAA